CUUCCACCCUGUGAAAACUAAAAACUAGAAACCCCGCAAUUUCAGACACCAAAGUAGGAAAGGCGGAGAGAGGAUAUACUCAUACAUACAUCAUCAUCACUGUCAAUGAUGCUAACAUUCAUUUGAUUCUCUCCUCUCCUUUCCACCAAUUUAAAAAUAAGCAAAAAAACCAGGUAGCCAAAAAAAACAUCAAGGAAGAAAGAAAGUUCCAGACUUGACAGAGCAAGAGAGAGAGAGAGAGAGAGAGAGAGAUGGGGAUGAGAGAGGAGAUGGAGCAGAAGGAAGAGGGAGUCAUGGCAACUGACUUCUUUUGGUCUUACACAGAUGAACCUCAUGCUUCUAGGAGAAGACAGAUCCUUUCUCAAUACCCUCAAAUUAAAGAGCUUUUUGGACCUGAUCCUUGGGCUUUUUUUAAGAUUACUGUGGUUGUUUUACUCCAGCUUUGGACUGCUACUUUACUUCACGAUGCUGGGUGGCUGAAGAUGCUGGCAGUAGCCUACUUCUUUGGCUCUUUCCUCAACCACAACCUUUUCUUAGCCAUCCAUGAGCUCUCCCACAAUCUCGCCUUCUCAACUCCAGUCUACAACAGGUGUCUUGGUAUUUUUGCUAAUCUUCCUGUUGGUGUACCCAUGUCAGUAACAUUCCAAAAGUAUCACCUUGAGCACCACCGCUUUCAAGGAGUCGAUGGCAUAGAUAUGGACAUCCCAAGCCGUGCUGAAACCCUUCUUGUGACAAAUGUUGUCGCAAAAUCCAUAUGGGUCAUGUUGCAACUCUUCUUCUAUGCUUUGCGACCUCUAUUUAUCAAACCAAAGCCCCCUGGUUAUUGGGAAUUCAUUAAUUUUUUUAUCCAGAUAGCCCUAGAUGCAGCCGUGGUUUAUUUCUGGGGCUGGAGAUCUUUGGCUUAUUUGAUCCUUUCCACCUUUGUAGGAGGUGGUAUGCACCCAAUGGCUGGUCAUUUCAUCUCAGAACACUAUGUCUUCAAGCCAGAGCAAGAGACAUAUUCUUACUAUGGCCCCCUUAAUUUUCUGACUUGGCAUGUUGGGUACCAUAAUGAGCACCAUGAUUUUCCGAGGAUUCCUGGGAGCAAGCUUCACAAGGUGAAGGAUAUUGCACCUGAAUAUUAUGAGGGCUUAGAGUCGUAUAAAUCUUGGAGCCAGGUCAUAUACAUGUAUGUUAUGGACAGGACGGUUGGACCCUUCAGCCGGAUGAAGAGAAAGGUGCCGGGCACUGCAAAGAAAUCUGAAUAGGCACUCCCAUCUCCGGUGCAUAAUCUUCUGUCGAGAGAAAAGAAGAAGGAACCAGCAAAAUUUAAUAUGCUAAAUUAUUCAAAAUUGCCGUGAAGUUUGGUUCAUACUAAACCUAGUCCCUGAAUUCAAUUUUUUAUCGUGAACUAUUUUUUGGUAAAAAAUAGGUCUCUUGAUGGGGACGUCAAACUUAAAACAUGAGUUAUGUACAUGUAUGAUCAUUGAUGAAGAAGGAUAGAUCAGUUUGUAACUUUUUAGUUGGGAGAUUGGGUUCUUUGGUUAUUUAAUUUUAUGUAGU